AGCUUUUGACUGCCGCACUUGUACAGAUCUGGGCUGUGCGGAACAGGCAUGGCCGGGGCCAGCGAGUUUGAGCCGCGCGAGGUCGGUGGUGCAGAGAUGGCUGCAGAGGAAGGAGACCGAAGGAAGACACUGCUGUGCAAGCAGUAUUUCGAGGGAGGAUGCAACCGGGGCGGCAACUGCGCUUUCGCACAUGGUGAAACUGAGCAACGCCAGCCACCUGGAUGGCAGGAGAAGCCCAAGAUGAAGCUUUGUGAGAAGUUUCCGAACUUUUGCGAGUUCGGACGAUAUUGCCACAAUGCACAUGGGCAGGACGAGCUGCAGGUUCGUGCACCGGGGCCGCGCCUAACUGCGCAGCCUGAAGCGGAGCAGGUUGACUAUCCGCAGCCCGAGGCUGGGGAGAGACAAAAGACUUUGCUAUGCCGAUUUGCAGCCAUGGGAACGUGCAAACAUGGCGAUGAUUGCAAGUUUGCCCAUGGCGAGCAUGAACCAGAGCGGCCGAUCGACUGGGAGGAGAAGCCGAAGUCAAGGUUUUGCUCGCAUUUCCGUGAGAGGCGCUUUUGCCAGUUCGGUCGGUAUUGUGUCUUCGCGCACGCAGAGGAAGAGCUGCAGGAAGGAGACCGAAGGAAGACACUGCUGUGCAAGCAGUAUUUCGAGGGAGGAUGCAACCGGGGCGGCAACUGCGCUUUCGCACAUGGUGAAACUGAGCAACGCCAGCCACCUGGAUGGCAGGAGAAGCCCAAGAUGAAGCUUUGUGAGAAGUUUCCGAACUUUUGCGAGUUCGGACGAUAUUGCCACAAUGCACAUGGGCAGGACGAGCUGCAGGUGUUCACUCUGAACACGACGCUUCAUCGUCAGCGGCAACAUGUGGCAAUGGACAUUCGCAAGAUGGAGGAAGAGUCAAUUUGUUGCCGAAUGUUCCUGGUGAAGUGCACUUUGCAAAAAGGUGUACCCUUUCUCUGGAGGGACCAUGCCAGGUGCACGGAUGGUGCUUGGAAGUACGUGCAUUGCCUAACAAACCAAGAACAUGACAAGCUGAGAAAGGAAUUAGGUUCUGCCCUGAACCUUGAUGUCAUUCUGGGAUGCAAGACUCCGUGGUAUUUCGUCGCAGAUCAUGUGGCAGUGUCUUCCAAUCCUCCUUUCACAGCUCCAUGGAGCUUGCCCAUUUUGUCCUGCGGCUUUCUGACGAAGGGCCAAAAUCACAAGACUUGGAGGUUGCAAAACGUCCAGGACAGGAUCCUGGCUUGGCUUCGCAGAGGCGUGGAUGACUGGGAGUCGCUGGAGGAGGCACUUAAGGGCCAGGACUGGGCCGACCUCAAGGACUACUACAUGGAAAUCGGUGCGCUGGAGACUGAGAAGCCGGAGCGGCAACUUGGCCACAUGAGCUUCAUACAAUCUGGACAGGAAGACUCUUCCUUAGAGACGCUCCUGGACCUUCUGGUGCGCCGGAACUUCCGGAAGUGCGUGCAAGGGCUCCUGCAGAGCUACACAGCCGAGAGAUACACAGACGAGAGCCGUUGGAUGGUUUUGGCCGAUGUGGGCCAUCAGGAUGGUCUGGGCAACACCGCAUUGCACAAGGCGUGCAAGGAAGGCCACCUGGAGGUUUUGAAUGAUUUGCUGGACUACGUGGAGAGGAAAGGCGACAUGGAUUUGUUAGAUGGCCUUUGCAACAAGGACCACGAGACCUGCUUGGAUUUGGCCAAAGAGAAGCCUGAGGUCUACAGGGCUGUUGUGCAGAGUCUGAGGAAUCUUGGAAAGCCAGGAACAUUGACCCUUUUUUUCAGCAUGGAGGAAAGGUGGCUGGACCAGCCCCCAGUCAUGCAAAUCCAGCUGGCCUCGCAGGAUUCACAGCUCGAUGCCUUGCGGGAUUUUUUGAGCUGCCAUGGGCAAGGCCUGGUGCAGGAUGGCAUCAGCAAGCUGAUGGUAAGAGAGCUGCACCUGAAAGAAGUUCCCAAAGAUCGACUCUGUCGGACCUUCAGAGAGUUGAAACACUUUAGGUCCGUAGUCUUAACAGGCAAAACUGUGGGGAAGCUGUAUCAGGUGCUGCUGGAAGUUGCCGCUGAAGCUGAGGAGGAUUCCAUCCUUGAAGAGCUAGUUCUCGACCUGGUGCCGUCAGAUUUGGCUGCCAACGACCUGCAGCAAGCGGCCGAGGCGGUUGCGCAAGGGAUGCUGCGGCAGCUCGGUCGAAAGCCGUGGAAGGUUCAGUUGAGCCAGCGAGCCUUGGAUGGUCUGGACCAACUCCGGGUAGAGAGGCUCAGUUGGAUCACGGCAGCGGCGGAGUUUCUGACUGUGGAUGGUUGGUCCUACUUUACCUCCCCCCAAGCCAGGCGGACGAGGGCUACACAACCCUUCCACGCCAAUCCAUUCAAGGAGGGGCUUUUUGCUGCCUGCGACUGGGCCUUUGGGCAAAACAUGCAUCGACUGCGUGGUCACCAAGACAUUGCCAAGGCCUUGGAUUGGAGCAUUUUUUUCGGGUAUGUCAAAGAGCUUCUAGGGACUUGGAACCAGAUCCUUUGCAAGCUUGACACGAAUCUGGAUCCCAAGAAUCCAAAGCUGGAGGCGAUAAUAUCGGAGCUUGACCACGCCAGCGCGGCCAUGCUCUACAUGCUGAACCACCUUGCCCCUCACCUGGAGCCACAGAACAGGGAUCGCCUGUACGAAGCAAUUGAGACGUACUUGCAACGCGCUCGGGAGUUCAAGAAAGCUGGUCCCCUCCCUGAGGCACAAUUUCAAGCUCCUUGCGUUUUGCUUGAGUGCACUCGCAACUAUCUUCUGCUACGGAAGACAGACAUGGCUCAGGAGGCAAACUGUGAGCGUUUGCGGGAGCAGAGCUGGACGAAAGGUGCCUUGGUCUUGCUGUCCGAUGAUCGGCUCUCCCCUGACCGUAAGUUCCUUGUGAAGAAGCUGCUUGAGCGCAAGCUAGACGAUGGGCCAGGCCAGCUGCAGUCAGCGGUCCUGGUGGAGCGGUGCCGAAGCCAAAAGUUGCGGGAGGACCUGAAGAAGGCCUUGGCCCACAAGCGCCGGGAGAAGUUCGAAGAAGGGAAGAACCGGGCUGAGCGAAAGACCCGCGCGGACCUGAAGGAGGGCGAGGAGCAGGUGAACUUCGAUGAGAAUGCCCGGCUGACGAUUGUAUCUUCGGCUCAACCGGCGCUGGGUGACCGCGAUUGUUGCAAGGAAGGGGCAAACUGCCGCUUCAGCGAUUGCCCUUAUGUGCAUCAUGGUCUAAGAGUUGCAUGUAGCCGCGGUCUUAGCUGCCCGAACGCCAGCUGCGACUUCUUACACCCGCGUGGAUGGCAGCCUCAAGCUGGAGCCGCCGAGGUGCUUUGCAAGUACUUCGAGCAGGGUCGCUGCAAGUGGGGCAAAUUCUGCGCCUUUGCCCACGGGUCGAGAGAGCUGGUGAGAAUUGAGGAUGGCGUCAAGACCUUGCUUGGCAAGUACUUCGAUCAGGGUAACUCCAUCUUGGGCAGCUGCAUUUCUGCCUGCGAGAGCAAGACACUGGUGAGCCCGGCUUCGGAGGCGCUCAUGCAAGCAGACUGGCUUCCACCCAGCGGAUGCCUGAAGAAUCAAGACAAGAUCAAGCCUGAGCAGCAGAAGCCCAAGCCAACGACAUCGGAAGAGCUUCAGAAGCAGCCACACGACCCCUCCUACAAGACCCAGCUUUGCGAGUACUUCCCGAGCGGCCGCUGCGUUAAGGGCGAGGACUGUACCUAUGCUCAUGGGGAGGAGGACCUGAGAACGUUCCCCCAGGAAUCCUUGCGGAUGCAGAAGAGAGCGCCGGACGACAGAUGGAGUCACAAUUCUCAGAAGCCCUUCCCUGCCUGGGUGAAAUUGCGAGAUUUCCUGGACUCCGAACGCGAGGCUUUGCGGUGCGAGGCUCCGACUGCAUGGCAGCCGGCAAACCAUGGGGCCUUUGAGGACUUCUGCCGUUCCGUAAUCCUGGAGUCCUUCCUGCGGCUAAUUUAUGGCAUGGAUGUUGUGAAGGAACUGAACAGCUGCAUCUCCGGGGCCAGCCUAAUGGAUCCCAUGCGGGAGAACAGGAGGAGAGCUGGUUGCUGAAGUUGCUGAACUGGUUGUUGAAGCAUGGCGAGCUCCUGAAGAAGUUUUCUACAGAAGAGGAGGCGGAGCUUUCCCAAGAGCUUUCCCGCCUGGACGCUGAGGUCCUUAAACUCGCCACAGAGGUUGACACCGCGUGGCGCAACUUGCAAACGUGCCUUCCACCGAAGGAAGGCAAGUGUAAGGAGAAGUUGAGUGGCGCCAAGAGGCAGCUGAGCGAGUCAUUGAAGCGUCAGCACAGCAAGCUUCAAGGGUUGUGGCCAAAAGUCCGGGACAGUUUGCAAUCUGAACACGAGUGUGACACAUGUCAUACCGCUUUGUUGAGAUGCCCACUUUGCAAUAAAGAGUAUUGCUGCAAUUGCCACAGCCAAAGCUUAUGCUUGGUGAGUGAUGUUCACCCCCAGGAAGAGGAUGACGGUGGACAUGCCAACAUGCUACUGAGAUGGGCUUUGGCACAUACCAUCAAUCAUGUUUUCAAGAGGGGUUCUGACACGAAGGGCGGCCAGGGGUGUCAAAAGUUGAAGCCCUUACUGGAGAAAUGGCGAAGCAGUCUCAUGGAUUUUUUGCCUUUGCAGCAGCUGAAGCUGGAGCCUGGACACCUGGAAGAUGAAGUCCGGAAAAGGAUGCAGCGCGUGCUGGACACGCAGUGCCUGACUCUUGGGACCUCGCCCAGUGCUCAGCGCCACCUCGAAAAGCCACAACUCGCGGGAGUGGAACAGUUGCUGAAGCUGAAGUACGGCAUCAGGUGCAUGGCCAUCCACGGCUCCAAGGCCGCCUCUUUGACGCGAGCCAUCACCACCUUCCCGAGUGCUGACAAGGUGGCGAGGAUGUUGGUGGGCGAGGGUAGCGCUUUGAAGAGCAGAAGCGCUCAGAGUUUGAAUGGCUGGUGGGAUUUAUACAUGGUUUCUAUUGACGGUUUCAUGCCAAAGGCAGAUCGGGAAGUGAUGCUGAAGAAGAACUGGGCGCAAGAGCAUGGCGCAGUAGCUCCAGAUAUGGCUGUUCAACUGAAGCCAGGCACUUUCAAUUUCUCGCACGGCAGCAUUGGGGACCAGGCCGAGGUGGAGAUAGAUAUUGAAUUCAACGGGGGUGGGAAGAUGUCAGGGUCAAAAGGUCUUUUCCGGCUGGAGAGGGGCAAGUGGAUCCUGGAAUUUCAGGGCGAAUGGGAAUGGACAGGGCCUUGUACUUGGAGCUUAGGGUACGAGGAAGGCUUUUUCAGUGGCUACGCCAUCCGCAACACACCUGGGCCCACUUUUGGAGGGAGGGUCCAAUAUGUCCAGCUGCACCCGGGGAUAGAGGAGUUGGGACAAGAGCAGGGUCGCUUUGCGGCUGCUAAAGGCAUUGCAGAGCUUUGGCGUACAGUCUAUGAUCGAUUUGAAAGCCAGGACAGGUGUGCCCGCAUAUUUCAGAACGAGGUUGAUGCUGACCUGCAGCUUGCGAGAGUUGUGGCUACCACGCUUUCAGAUACAGCAGUUGAUUUGUUGUGGGAUGUGUUUGGAGUAGCAGUUGCAGAGCGCUUGACAGUGAACAAACACUGACAUCAGGCUUUUCUGCCAUAGCCUUUCAGUACAGACCCCGGGGUCA